CUAGUUCCAGGACAGCCUCCAAAAGCCACAGAGAAACCCUGUCUUGAAAAAAACAAAACAAAACAAAACAAAACAAAACAAAACAAAAGAUUCAUGAGUGAAUUUGAAAUCAUCCCCAGAAGAUGCCCUGACACUCAAAUGGCACUCACACAGGACUAUGGACCCACACAGAGCCAAAAACCACAAGUCUGUCCAACUGGCAUACCUGUGGAAGGACACCAUGACUACAGCUACACCACAGGGUCCCUGUCCACUUAAACAUAAGUUACCUGGCCAUUAUGAUGACCCAUGUGAACUCUAUAGAGAGCACAUCAUACAUGCUCAGGGGGAAGUCACUGUGACUGACAUUUGGGGUCCAUCAGAGAACAGGAGACUUUGGGACAACCAUGCAAUUUAAGAAAGUGGGCUUUCAGCCGGCAGUAGUGGCACACAUCUUUAAUCCCAGUGCUCGGGAGGAGAGGCAGAUGGAUCUCUAAGUUCGAGGCCAGCCUGUUCUACAUAGUGAGUUCUAGGACAGUUAGGGCUACACAGAGAAACCCUGUCUAGAAAAAGCAAAAGAAGAGGAUGAGGAGGAAGAGGAGAAGGAGAAGGCAGCAGGUUAGCAACAUCCACCUACUCCAGACAGCAAGUUUAAGGAAACUCAGCUCACUGAGGAAGGACAAGGGACUUGAAGCCCUAGGGAAUUUAGGAUUGCAAGCUCCACUAAGCAUCUACAGUUGGCUGACACCAUCCACGUGAUCUCAUUCAGUUCUCAUAAAGGCCUUGCCAGGACAGAAUUGAUCACUGCUAUUGUUACACAAAAGGAUGAAGUGUAUGAAAAGCAGAGCAGCUCCAUGAGCUCUCUAGCGGAUCAGGUACGGGAUUGGCAUCAGGGCGUACUGGCGGUGGCACGCAAAGACUGGGACCGCGCGCUGUGCCUCUUCUCAGACGUCCGGGAGCCGCCGGCCAAGAUCUACUUCAACAUGGGCUGCGUGCACCUGAUGGCCGGGGAUCCCGAGGCAGCAUUACGGGCAUUUGACCAAGCAGUGACCAAGGAUACCUGCAUGGCUGUUGGCUUCUUCCAGCGGGGAGUGGCUAAUUUCCAGCUGGAGAGGUUCCAGGAAGCUGUGUCUGAUUUCCAGCUGACCCUGGCACAGCUGAGGGGCAAUGCUGCCAUUGACUACACACAACUGGGUCUGCACUUCAAAUUGCAAGCCUGGGAGGUCCUAUACAACAUGGCAUCAGCAGAGUGCCAGGCAGGGCUCUGGGCCAAGGCUGCUGAUACUCUAGUGGAGGCAACUUCCAAAUGGCCAGAGGGGGCCCAAGGUAUCCUGGACACUGCCCUGGACCAAGUGCAGAAACAGGUACCCCUGCAGCUAAGGCAAGUCCCCAAGGGUGAAGUCUUCCAGCCUCCCAGGCAAUACCUACAGCACCUGAAGCCCAUGGAUUUCCUCGGCAAGGCUAAGGUGGUGGCAUCUGUCAUCCCUGACAACCACAAUACAGAUGGCUGGCCUCAGCAGAUGGCUGCAGAUGGCUGCAGAUGGCGUGUGCAAGGUCCGACACUAUUGAGGUCCUGCUACUCCUGUCUUCCUUUGCAGAGGCCCCGGGUAGAACAGGUCGGCCAUCAGUCUCCUCCAUCCACAGGUGGUCCCAUGAGCUGCGACUUGCUGGAAUCUGGACGGCCUGCCCCGGACCCCUCUGGAGACUCCUCAGGAGCUGGGGGAGCAACUGCAAAGGACCCUGAAUCUUUGGUGACUGUCACUGUGCAGUGCCACUUUACUGUGCCCGUUAAGGCCCCAAGAGAUACUGACCUUUCCAGUCUUCGAACAUUGUUGGCUCAAGCCCUCCUUCACCAGGCCCAUAUGGGGCAGCUCAGUUACCAAGCCCCAGGAGAGGAGAAGUUCUGGGUCCACAUCUCCACGGAGGAAUCACUGCAGAGUGUGUGGAGGAAUGUGGCCAUGGGCCCAAGAGGGUUGCACCUCCAGUGCCGGGGGGCCUGGGGCCGACCAGUCCUCUACCAAGUAAUAGCUCAACAUGAUUACUCAGCCCAAAGGCCUGAGGAUUUGGACUUCCACCGAGGAGACACAGUGGAUGUUCUCUGUGAAGUGGACGAAGCAUGGCUGGAGGGACACCGAGAUGGCUGCAUCGGCAUUUUCCCCAAGUGCUUUGUGGUCCCAGCUGGGGCCUAUGUGGAAGCCCUACCCAAGCCAGGAGACCAGCACUAGCAAUAAAUUUUGUGACAAGAGCAGUUUUAAUUUAAACAAACAAAAACUAUUCCCCUCA